CGUUCGAAACGUUCACAACAACUCCCGUAGCCAGCGGCCAAAACUUUCACAGCGACUCGCCGUAGCCGCCGCCGCCGUCGUUUCUCGUACGAGUCCUCCCUCUCCAAGUUCUCCUCCACCCUCGCCAACCCUCCGAACACGCCCGCCGCCGCGCCCACCGCCAGCUCUGUCCCCAUCCCCAUCUUGUUCUUCUUCUUCCCGCCGGCACCAACGGCGCCGGUUCCGUACCCGGCGGUGGCAGCGAGCUCUCCUCCCUUUCGCCUUCCAGCUCUCACCCGGCCGCCACCGCUCCAACGCUCCCUUUCGCCACCGCUCCACCAACCAAGCCGUCGUGCGCCGUGCAGGGGGCACCAACCUGGACGCUGGAACCCUAGGUUCCGCUCCAAGGGUGGACGCCGAAUCAUGGCUGGCCAUCUCAAGCAAAGUGAGCUUCCCAAGUCAGUCUGCUUCGUGACGCAAAAGGUACUAGAUCGAGAUGGGCAAAGCUUCUUUGCGACCUCUAUGCUGCCUCCAUCACAGAGGCCCUCCCGCCGUCCCCUCCUUCCGCUCUGCCGCCAUGGUUCUGCUGCUCCUCGCCUUCGCCCCAUGGGGCCGCGUCCCCUGCCCCACCAUGCUGCACGCCGCCGCCGGCCCAACGACGUGCCAGUGUGCCACCACCACCCCGCACAACUCGCGUGUUGCCUGCCCCGCCCUGUCCUACUCCGUGCCGCCAUGGGUGUGGGUUGCUGUGCUGCUGCGAGAUCUUUCCGGGAGGUGGCGAUCGUUGCUCCUCACAUCAAGGGCAUUGCCGGCAUACCUUGGUUACAGGUACUUCUAUAUGUCAGCUUUGGAGCUGUGUUGCCCUGGUCCAUGGAAUUGCCAUCGACCAGAUCGGGGAGGGGGAACAACAAAGAUGGAGGCUUUAGCAAACAUCAAUGUGAGCUUACAGUAAGAGGGCUCCUGAUUCGAUGGGCCCUAGGAGGGAUGUAAACAGCUGCUAGCGAGAUCAAAACUGCCACACAAGUGCAGGAGAAAGGGAGGGUGGCCGUAACAUAUGGCUUCUGGAGGAGGGCGACAUCAGUAGUUUGAGAAGCUAAGCUCCCAGAAUGUAUGUUUGUGAUUGCAAGAUCAAAGCAAAAACUUGAGUGGAAGCAUGGCAAGCACCAUGCAUGCUACAGAUUUGCAAAGCUGCUUUUUUUUCUUGCUUGCUUGAAAAAUGGCAAAAUAUAUAAAUAGCUUCUGAAAAUA